GCCACCAUCCCAAACGGAACAGUGCAUGAAUGUAGUAAAAGGGGACAGUUCCACACAUCUGGUUCACUUCAACUCUAAAAGAUUGACCAAGCAAUGGAGGUCAAAGUGUCAGUGGAGGGCAUCCCUCGUGUGGUCUGUGGAGUCACAGAGAAAACAACCUACCAAGAAGUGGUGAUAGCCUUGGCUCAAUCCCUUGGUUGCCCUGGCCGUUACACACUGAAGGAGAAAUUCAAAGACUUUGAGCGCAGUGUGACACCCAGUGAACGGCUCUUGGAGUCCCUGGAGAAGUACGGCCAGCAGGCCAGGGACGUCCAGCUAACCCUGGUACAUAACGGACCUUCUCUAUGGGAAGGAGCGGCCAGGGCGAGAGGAGGGAGGUACCUAGCUUGUCCGACCCCGCUAAGGAGUGUCGAUGCUGGGGGUCGGGUACGAAGGGACAGCGCCGCCCCCACUUUACACCGUCAAAGUCUACCGCCAAUAUCCCGCAUGCGUCAACAAGCUGAGCAGCCACCAGAGGAAAUGAAACGUCCCAAAAGGAAGUCGCUGACACUGAUGGAGGAGGCCUGGGGGUGGCUGGAGAACCUGGGCAGGGGUAGCAGCCAGCAGUCUAGUCGUGAUAAGGGGAGCAAAGAGCAGGCAGGCAUUAGGAAUGAUAGCUCUCUGGACGUGUCCGUCACCGUUGCCAAGGACGCGCCCGCCCCGAGAGGUCUGCGCAGCAAAACGAAAAACUUAAAGAGCGGGAAAUCAGCUGAGAAACAGCAAACCUCCUGCUGCAUGGGAGAUCAAGGCAAGAACAGACCAAAUAGUACCACAGGCAGUUGUGAUGAAAACAAAGAGGGCAAGGAUGGCAACGUUUCUCCCGCACACAAAGACAGCAACACUGGCAGAACAAAAGCCGUGGAUCUGAUUAACCCAAGCGGUGCCAGCAAGAUCGAAGAGGACAAAAGAAAGCUAAAACAUAUUAUUACACUGCAACAGGUUAGUCUGCAAGGCUUGCAGGCACAGAUAACGUCAACGGAAAGACAGAUAUGUGAGCUGGAAGAGCAUCAGAGGGCCAAGCAAGCUGGACAGGAGGCUCAACUGAAAAUGAUCGAAGAAGAAACAGAACAGCUGCAAUUCUGGGAGAACGAGCUGAAGGCAGAGGAGGGCUUUGAGAAAGACUUGCAGGCACAGUUCCUGGAGAUGAGGGAGAAAGCUGUGGAGUGCAAAGCGAGGUUGGAGGAGUACAAAUGCAAGAUGGCCGGCCUUGAUCUCGGUAGGGUUCAAAGAACAAGGCCAGAGGGAAAGGAGAUGGCUCCAACCGCAGACCUCACAACUGGCUCUGUAGAGAGCAUGGAUAUUCCAUAUAAGGAAGUCAAUCAGCAAAGAUCAAGUGCAGCUUGUGAGGUAAAUACAGACAGGAAGUUUCCUCCCAUAGAGGACUGUAAUGUUCCCAGUGCUUUUAUUUCUCCAAAUCAGAUCAAGGACCCAAAUGCCUCCAGGCCCAAUCAGCUGAGAGAAUGGUGGACACAUUGGUCUGAAGCACAGAGCCUUAAACCAGAAGCAAAACACAAAGUUGUACAUCGCUCAGAGAUCACCAUACAUCUGGGCAGCACUAAGGUCUGACAGAAGAAGUGUUUAGAUGUUACAACAUAGAAGCUUUGUUAAAGUUAGGUACAUCUGACCCACUUGGAUGUUAUAGUCAUAUUUUCAGGGCUGGUGCAGGCAGCAUCGCCACCCUAGGCGAGAUGUUUCAACAACACCCCCCCUCCCCCGGGACCGAAAUUCGGAGAGACGCCACCCCAUCCCG